ACCCAUUUCUCUCUCUCUCUUUCUCUCUUCCACCAAUUUCUCAAAAUCCAAAACCCUAUCUUUCCAUUUCUGAUGUCGACGGCGCGGGAAGAGAGCAGUCGGUACGACGCUGGGUCAGGGGCGGGGGGGAAGUUCAAGAAGCGGCCUUUUCGAAGGACUACCCAGGGGACGCCGUACGAUCGGCCGCCGACUGCAAUAAGAAAUCCUGGCAAUGGCAACGGCAAUGGUUGGUUCUCGAAAUUGGUGGAUCCGGCCCAGCGGCUAAUCGCUUACGGUGCUACUAGGCUCUUUGCUUCUGUGUUUCGGAAACGCCUUCCUGCUCCACCUCCUCCGCCACAGCCGCCUGAGCCGGAGGAAACAAGGGAGGAUCAUCCAGAAGCAGCUUCAACAGACCGCCCUGCCAGGCAAGAAGGAGCCCUUGAUAAAUGUGACAAUCCAUGUAAUCACCCUGGAGGCGAAUAUACUGAACUUGAGCAUAUCUUGAAGCAGAAGACAUUCACCAGGGCUGAGACUGAUCGUUUGACCACCCUUUUACGUUCAAGAACUUUUGAUAAUGCUAGUGGAACUGAAGAGAAGAGGUCUGAAGUAAAACUGGUAGCAUUGUGUGACAGUAAAAAAGAAUUUCCAAACACCGCUGUCAGAGAAAAUGGCACUGAGAGACAUUCUAUAUCAACUCCUGCUGUCAUUUCAAAUGUAACAAAGGUCCGCAAUGAAGAUGUUGCUUCACCCGCAGAGCUUGCAAAAGCUUACAUGGAUGGUAGGCCUUCCAAAAAUUCUGCACCAUUGCUCAGUUUAAGGAGUCAAGCACAUAGGGAAGAUUCAUCUGAGUUGAGUGGUAGACUAUUCCCUUCAAAACCACGAGUUAUGUCACUUGUGCCAAUGUCUUCUGGCCAUGUUGGAGGCCUUGGAAAUGGCUUUGUGACGCCUAGAUCCCUAGGUAGAUCAGCGAUAUACAAUAUGGCACGAACACCUUAUUCAAGAGCCAACUCAACCGCUACCCUUAAGAUUGCUGGGCCCCCAACUGAUGCUUUUGCUGGACCAUCAUCAUCAUCAUGGUCUCAGAGUGCUUGGGAGCAAAGCAGACUUUCUGUAUCUAGACAAGUGGCAUUAAAGCGCAGGGUAGACAAUGAUAUAGGUUCUGUUGGUCCUAUUCGUAGGAUACGUCAGAAAUCUAAUCUUCUUUCUCAAAAGAGUUUGGGCUUACCAGUUUCUGAAAGUCCUCUUUCUAUCCAUGAAGGUGGAUCUGGUUCAGUUGUUCAAAACUCUUUAUCUUUGAUAGAGAAACCAUUUUCAUCUGGUGAAGCUAAGGUUACCUUUACAAAAACAUCAACUGAGAAUGGGAUUAACAGCUCCCCUGGUACAAGUUUUACACCUGUUCCUUCCAAAUCCAGUCAGAUGGCUUCAAAAAUAUUGCAGCAGCUUAAUGAGUUGGUCUCUACAAGGGAAAAGUCACCUACAAAAUUUUCACCACCCAUGCUCAGUGGUCCGGCUCUUAAAAGCCUGGAGAAUGUGGACUCAAAGUUUUUGGAGAACUUAAAAGAUAAAAGUAAGUUUGAUGGUGCCACAUUGCCUGUCAUCCAAGACUCCACGUCUCACAAGCAGGAUAAAGUUGAAGAAAAUGGCAGAACAAAACUGGUUUCUCCUCCAGAUAAGUCGGUUCCUUUGGUAAAUGGUAUUGGUACUUCUAAUUUGUUUAAGGCUAAUGUGCCUAGUGCUAAUGGUGCCGAUUCCCUUGUGAUGAAGUCAGUGGUAGACGUCCCUCAACAAAAGAAACAGGCUUUCCAGAUGAGUGUACAAGACGAUUAUUUGGAUCUGGAUGAUUACAGUGACCAUCUUAAGGGAGCUGCAUCUACUUCAUUUAAAGUAGCGGGGGAAAAGUUGGAUAGUUCAGUCAUAGGGAGUCAGAACACUGCUCUUGAAGCCAUAAAAGCUGACAAGACUGCUACAUUUACUGGAAUUAAACCAUUUCCAAGUUCAGCAUUGAAUCAAACACCUAAUUUGGGUACUUAUGAUGGUUCUAUGAUUGCUGAACAGAAGGCUAGUACUAAUUCUGCUGCUAAUUUGCCCACCACUUCUUCCCAACCUGUGGUUCUGGCUUCUCAGUCAACUUUAAUGAUUGAUAAACCUGUUUCAAAGGAAUCAGAUGCUGCUUUUCCUAUGUUCAACUCUGGGGAGAAAACUGCCCAGACAAAGGAACAAAAUGCUACUGUUCCUACAUUUUCCUUUGGCUCUGCUGCUGUCAACAAAGUUCAAUCUGAUGCUGAAACUUCAGGCUUUAAGUUUGAUGGCUGCUUGGAUUCAAAAUUGAGAAAUUCAAGCAGCAUUGAGUCUGUUGCUACUGCAGCAAAUCAUAUGGCAAAAUCAGCUGAAUCAGAUCAAGCUGAUAGCAAGAAUACUUUAAAGGCAGGAUUCUUCUUUAGUGCCUCCGAAACUGCAAGCAGUUCUGCUGUGCCAACAACAUCAUCAACUGGAAACAUAUUCAAAUUCAGUGCUGUGGCAAAUAAUUCUAAUGGAUCAUUUGCUUCAAGCCCUUCUCCAUUCUCUUCCCAGACUCAAAUGUUAAUUCCCAACAAACUUGUCGGUCAAAGCAUGUUCAGUGGCCCUACCAAUGCCAUUUCCACCAUUGCCACUUGUGCCACUGCUGCCACUGCAGCAACUGGAAUAACUGCCACUACCAGCACAAUCAGUGCCACCCCCCAGGCUACAGUUUGUUCCUUUACCAGUCCAGACAACUUUAAAUAUGCUUCCCCUGUGCCCUCAUCAAACCAGUUUUCAACGCAAAUUGUAAGUUCCAGUGAAACAACUGAAUCCCAGACCAAGGAUUCAAAUCUGGCAACUGCUCCCUUUGCUGGUACCUCAGCAUUUUCUGCAGUCAUGAAUAAUACAAGUAACCGUUCUGGUGGCACAUCUUCUGCAGUCAUGAGCAAUGGGACUAACCCUUUCAGUGGUCUGUCUUCUACAACCACAAAAGCAUCCAGUAGCAUUUUUGGAACAUCUGCUCCCAUUUCAAGCACCAGUUUUGGUGUUACAUCUUCAGCAACCCCUAGCACAGGGACUAGUAUCUUUUCCAGUGCAUCUGCAAGCACAAGUAUGGUUGGAAAUGUAUUUGGAUUCAGUGCUCCAGCUACAACAAUGUCCUUUACCCAGUCUCAGAGUACAAAUUCUUUUCCUGUUGGUAAUUCCCAGUCAUCUGCAGCUGGAAGUGGUGUUCCAACCUCAACUCAGAGCAUGCCUAUUCAGUCUCCUUCACUUGCAACAUCUCCAUCAUUUGGAGUGGCAGGGAACACAACAUUUUCUUCUGGGGGUUCACUAUUUGGUUUGUCUGCUUCUGUGUUACCUACUUUUGGUUCUGGGGUUACAUUUGGACAAAGUUCUUCCUCAUCAGUUAGCAAUGCUGCUAGCACCAGCAGUGCCACUGCUUCCAGUUUGUUUGGUUCCAGUUGGCCAGCACCUAAGACUCCCAUCUUUGGUUCAACUUUUAGUUCUACAUCUUCGUCAACUGGGUUUUCCUUUGGAGCAUCCUCAACUUCUAUAGCUGGUAAUGCAAGUGCUUCUAUGGUUUUCGGAUCAUCCAACAUUGCCUCGUCGAGUUCCAUUUUUCCAUUCACUUCACCUGCGGCUGCUACUCCGUCACAACCUGUUUUUGGUAGCAAUACUCCUGGAUUUGAAUUUGGUUCAGCUCCCACUGGUAAUAAUGAACAGAUGGAGGACAGCAUGGCAGAGGACACAGUCCAGGAAGCCACACCUGCAGUACCAGUAUUUGGUCAGCAACCAGUCACCCCUCCAUCAUCAGGGUUCAUUUUUGGUGCAACACCUCCGGCAGGUGCAAAUCCUUUCCAAUUUGGCAGCCAACAGAAUGCAGCUGCCCAACAGAACACAUCUCCAUUCCAGCCCUCUGGUAGUCUGGAGUUUAAUGCUGGAGGAAGCUUCUCAUUGGGCAGUGGUGGCGUUGACAAGUCUGCCAGAAAAAUUGUGAGAGUUAAAAGCAGACAACGGAAGAAGUAAAAGCUUUGUUUAUGACAGGAAACAGUUGAUAGCUAAUUGUUGUUGCUGGAAAUUAUUCCAUGAUUUGUGUUUCCGCAGUUGUGGCAUGGGCAAGGAGAUAAAGUUGUCAUUUAACGCUAUGGAAAUAUUCUGUUGUUGAGUAGUUCUUCGGUAGUGGUUGACACUGGCUGUGAGGGUGGCGGCUGCCGGAUUACUUGUUCACCAAUUUUGUACUGUGUUGUUAGCAAACAUCAAUCCUUUGAAGUGUAACAGUAUAUCAGUUGAUAGGAUUAUAUCAAGUUUGAGCAAUUGUGCUUUUGACCACCUUGAUGGGUGUAACUCUACAAUGUGUAUCAUAGAAGAAGCGAUAUGAAUUUGUUUUACAAGAGCGGCCGGUUAAUACUUUCUGUUCUUUUUCAUCUUUGAGGUGAGAAAAAUUUGUACAUGGGGCAUCUCUAAGGUUUCAGUGUUUGAUUAAUAAACGUAUUGUUAAACAAAUUCCUCAAUUUAUA